UCAUGUUGGUUCCAGGGGUGCCCAGAUUUUCCAACCCAGCCGAUUUUUGUCCCGUUCGGAUUCCGACGCGCCCAGCGCGAUGCCGCUUUCGACGCGGCUCCUGACGUCGGGGCUGGCGCUCGUGCAGCCCCAGCGAGCAGACGGCAUCUUUUUCCUGGCCAACCGGGGCGCGCACGACCUGGCCGUCGGAGACGUGGUUGUGAAGCCGGGAGGCUUCCAGGAGCUCCCGGCGGGGCCCGCGGAGCUCGAGCUCGAGGCCGCGCACGGCUGCGUCGAGCACGCGGGGCGCCUGGCCGAAGGCACGGCCGGCCGGCACUCUGGCCUGGUGGUGGACAGCGAGGGCUGCCGAGCCUUCGGUUCGCACGCGGCCCCCUACCAACGACCUGCAAGCGGAGCUGGCCAGGUCUGCGUAUGGCUGCCCGAGGAUGGACUGGGGCUGUGUGGCCCAGGCCUUCCUGGGCGGCAUCGCGCCGACCAAGUUCACGGAGCGCGUGUUCCUGGACAUCCCGCUGGGUGGACUGGGAUUUCUGGGACCUGUGCACGCUCCGGGAGCCCACGCCCGCCCUGCGGUCGGUGCGAACGAGGACUGGGCACGACCUGGAGAUCCUCCGCGAGUCCCCGAUGGUGGCGUCGGUGCGCGGCUUCGCGAGCGAGGCCGAGUGUCAGGAGCUCGCCGGCGCGGCGCAGACGAGAGGCCUGGCCAUGGAUCCCGUGGUCAGCGGUUGUGCCGCGUCGCGGGAGAGGUUGAGAGCGGACCGAGAGAUGUUUUCGACCAGCCUGCGCGUGAACUGGAGAGUCGAGGAUACGCUGAGCAGCUUGGCCGCCCGUUCGUUCGACCUGGCCUCCGACAUGCUGGACGUGGACGUGCCGAUGAACGAGGGCCAAGAGAAGAUCAAGCUGUACCACUACAUCAAAGGCUUCGAACACCGACCUCAUCAUGACGGAGCGAGGACACAACGAGGGAGCGACAGUAACGAGUGGCGACGCGUGGCGACAACGCUGAUAUACUGCGAGGCCGCCGAAGAGGGCGGGGCGACCGUUUUCACGGGCGGUCCAAGCACGUACCUGCCAAAGUCGAUGAAGUUCAGGCCGCGCAGGGGCGACAUCCUCUUCUUCGCCUACGACCCCGACCCAGAAUUCGAGGCGACAUACGCGGAGUGCCCGGUUCUGGAGGGCAACAAGACGACGCUGGCCCAGUGGUACCGCCCGGGCGUUCCCGGCGCGCCGUCGUGGAGCGGCAGCCCCUCUCCGUCCACGACAGGGGCCGCCGCCGCCGGGGCGGAGUGCCGCCGCCAGACCGCGGCGGCGCGGGCAGGCGCCGGAAGGCGGAGCUGUGACGGGCAGGCGCGGGGGACCCAGAGGGGCCGCCGGUGCGGGUGCGACCGGGCGCGGGCCCAGAGGCGCAGCGCGGCAGGUGGUGGUGAUGAUGGCGGUGAC